AAGAGUUUUGCAAAGAGUUAGACAACCAGGGUCUGAGGAUCUCUCUGUUGCAUGGCCUUGUCAUUAACAAAAAGCAGCCAGAGUGGGAGGUUGUGGAGCUUUUCUCAUCCUUGUGCAGACCCAUUGAUGAGAGGGUCCCAACAACAGUGAGACCCACAACACUCAUGCUUUCUCUCUCCCCUCCACUCCGACCUUUGAGUUACACCUACUGCCUUCCUUUGGAUUAUUGCUCUUUUUCAGUGCUGAAGGCGCCCGUGGAGGACUGAAAGAAGAAUCUGCAAGGAGGAUUAACCCUGCAGCAAUUUUUUUAAACUUUAACUUUUUUGAAGUUGGUUUUAUUCAUCAUCACCAUCUGUAUGAGAUUUUCUUCAGCUGGAAUAAUGCCUUCGUGGUGGAGUAGAAGCUCCUGGUUUCCUGUGGUGUUUGGUGCUGCGCUGGUUGUUCUUACUGCUGGCAAUGCUGGACCGAACCAGGACAGGAGGCAGGCUGGGUCCUCCUCAUGCUUUGGAGGCUUUGAUCUUUACUUUGUUUUGGACAAAUCUGGGAGUGUGCAGAAUCACUGGAAUGAAAUCUACCACUUUGUUGAACAUCUAGCUCAUAAAUUCAUAAGUCCACAGUUGCGGAUGUCCUUCAUUGUGUUUUCCACUGAGGGACGGAUCUUGAUGAGCCUGACAGAAGACAGGGAACGCAUUCGCAAAGGUCUGGAGGAGCUCCACGGGGUACUUCCUGGGGGAGACACCUUCAUGCAUGAGGGCAUCCUGAGGGCCAGUGAGCAGAUAUACUAUGGAAACACUGAAGGUUAUCGCACUGCCAGUGUCAUUAUAGCUUUGACAGACGGAGAGCUGCACGAGGAUCUCUUCUACUAUGCUGAGAGAGAGGCCAAUCGCUCCCGAAGUCUGGGUGCCUCAGUUUACUGCGUGGGGGUGAAGGACUUCAAUGAGACACAGCUGGCAAAGAUUGCUGAUAGUAAGGACCACGUCUUCCCUGUGAAUGAUGGAUUUGAGGCCUUGCAGGGGGUCAUUGACUCGAUCCUGAAGAAGUCCUGUAUCGAGAUCCUGGCAGCAGAGCCCUCUAGUAUCUGUGCAGGAGAGACCUUCCAAGUGGUGGUGAGAGGAAAUGGAUUCCUCCACGCCCGCAAUGUCGAUAAGGUCCUGUGCAGCUUCCGCAUCAAUGACACCGUUACUAAGAUGGUGAAGCCUUUGAUUGUGGAAGAUACAUAUCUUCUCUGCCCUGCACCAAUACUUCAAGAUGAGGGGAUGGCAGCAAACCUUUAUGUUAGUAUGAACGAAGGUCUUAGUUUCAUCUCCAGUUCAGUCACCAUUACUACUGUGGGCUGUUCUGAUGGGACCAUCCUGGCCAUAGCUCUUCUCAUCCUGAUGCUGCUCCUGGUCUUGGCUCUCCUCUGGUGGUUCUGGCCUCUCUGCUGCACUGUGAUCAUCCAUGAGCCCCCACCGCCGCCUGUGGAGGAGAGUUCGGAUGAUGAAGACUUUGAAGCCCCUAAGAAAAAAUGGCCAACUGUAGAUGCCUCCUACUACGGAGGAAGAGGAGUUGGGGGAAUUAAAAGGAUGGAGGUUCGCUGGGGUGAAAAAGGCUCCACUGAAGAAGGAGCAAAGCUGGAAAAGGCCAAAAAUGCCAAAGUGAAGAUGCCUGAGCAGGAGUAUAUGCCGCCACCCAUGCGAGUUCUCAACAACGGCAUGCACAAACCCCCGGGGCCCCGAAAGUGGUACUCACCCAUCAAGAGCAAACUGGAUGCAUUGUGGGUGCUUUUAAGAAAAGGCUACGACCGUGUGUCUGUAAUGAGACCUCACCCAGGUGACAAGGGCAAAUGCAUGAACUUCACCCGCAUGAAAUCUCCCCCUCUUCAGUACCCGCACUACCACCAACCAUCUCCCAUCUACAACCCUCCACCUGCGCCACAGGGGACCCUCCCACCGACUCCCAGCACCGCUCCAUCAUCUCCAUCGUUCUCCUCUCUCACCCUUCCACCGCUGCCUCCAACCCCUCCUCCUACCUCCACCACUCCCUCCCCUCCCAUCACACCUCCCCCUUACACGCCACCUCCCAACCGGGCCCUGCCUCCGACCACCCUGCACAUACCCGCCCCACCAGCGCUGCCACCCACCCCUCCGCCCUCUGUCUCCCCGACCGGUUCCCUUCCUCCUCCUCCUCCACAGGGACCCCCUCCUGGACGAGCCCCUCCACCUGCCCGCCCACCCCCUCGCCCGGGCCUGUAGACCUCUGGCAGCAGACGGGAGAGUUUUAAUUUAAAAAGGCAUCUCAGAGUCCCUACAACAAUCAGCACAUGACCACCCUUGAUUGUACCUGCAAGCGACAUGUGAGUGCCUUGUGCCACGCUUGGUGGGCUGUGGCCUUUCUGCCUUGUGAAGUGGAGCAGUGAGGCCUUGUUUCCAGCUAUUUGUCUACAGUGACUUUUGUACACAUUUAGCCCAACAGUGCAAUUGCUUGGAUGCUUGAAUUACACAGACAUUCCCUACAAAUGAGGUCACGCAGGCCCAGCUCAAAAACAUUUGACUCCAUGGUCCGUUGAGCUGCUUCAGGGCCUGUUGUCCCCUCCAUGAGCUCAUAAGAUUGGAUGAAUCCUGACCAUGCAGAGGAACAACAGCUUGUACUAAUGCCUCUGUACAUUGGCCACAGUCAUGGUUCAAAAUGACACUAAAAUCUGUGUCUGUGUAACAUUUCUAUCCUUCCUGGUAAGAGAUAAAAGACUCAUAUUGCAAAUGUUCCACACACAGCAGAUUUAGAAGAAUCGGAAAAUCCCUGAUUUUGUACUCUUGAAUGUUGAGCAAUUGCAUGCAAUAAUGUUUGAGUCAGCAUUUUUUUUACUUUUUUAUAACGUUUCUACCUUGUUUUAUACAACAUAAACACAUUUUUUAUUUGUACUUUUAGCGCUGAGUAGACCACAUUUUCUGAGUUUUCUUUUUUUUUCAUCAUUGCUGAUAAACACAUGUACAGUAAGCAUAUUGAAACAGCGAUGCAACGUAUCAGAACUUUUGACUUCUAUGCCGUAUUAAACCAGCCUAAUGUGAGUCAUUACUGGCCUAUUUUUUGUGCACAUCAGAGUAAACAAUAAAUUGGGAUUUAGACACCAAAUUAGCCCCAUUACUUCAACUGACCUGACCGAGAUGACCAAGAUGAUAUCCGGCUAUCAAUAUGUGGACAGAAAAUAUGUCAGUCAGGGAAAAGCUUUGCACAUCGUCUUACUCAUCCGCCCACGGCCUCUAGCAAUAUGUGUAAACAAUCAUUUUGAUAUAACCAUGUGUGUUCAGAUAUCUGUGUGUGUGCGUGUGUGUGUCAGAAAGACAGAGAGACUAACCUACUAUAUGUAUUUGUGACAGCCAGUCCCACAGUGACCAGAGUCCGUAUGCCAGUUUUAUCAAAUUAUUUUUGCACAAGGUCCUUUCACAGCAUGGGACAUGAUAAAAGAAUUCUGUUUCAGGGGUCAAAUAAAGUUCAGUGUAGUGUAAAUAAAUGGUUAAUAUGCAGCUGUUCUUUGAUGGUGAUCAGAGAAGUGUCUGCAGAAUGCAGAUUACAAGCUCAUCUUCAAUCAGAAAGGGUCUUUCACUCAAAGGGUCUCAUGUAAAUGUCAUGGCAUAUCUGAAAAGACUGUAUGUAACUUUCCACCAAUACAGUAUGUAGACAUCUGUUUGUUUCAUUCAAAAUGAAAUGAUUUAAGUGUAUUAAAUUGAAAUGUCUUUCUGUAUUUUUCUUCAAAUACAAUUACUGACCUGUAAA